AUGUCUAACUCGUUUAUGUACGAGAAGGUUGUGUCGGUUAUAUCAAAACCACCCGAGAAACGACAGGAUUUUGAAGUUCACACUCUUGUGUCAUGGUUUCGGAAAAAGUCUCAAAUGUGUUCGCAACUGAAAACAGAUAUCGUGAUGGACAUCGUCAGAAACUGCCAGUUCGUCAACAAGGUCCGAGAUGACGUCAUCAUCAAACAAGGGGACAAGGGGGAGUGUUUCUACAUCAUCCUCGGCGGCCAGAUCUCCAUCUACAUCCUCAACAAGGACAAGGACGGUGAGGAUGAGUCGGAACUGGACAUCAUCUACCGGAAGGGCAAGGACGGCAAACUGGACAGGAGCAAGCUGGGAUACUUCGUCACACAUCUGGGUGCUGGUAGCCCGUUCGGCGAGGUAGCCCUGGCCUCAGAUGACUGCAUCAGAACAGCCACGGUCAUAGCGGACGAGCGGACGGACUUGGUGGUGGUGGACAGACAGCUAUACAACCGGUCAGUCCGGGAUGUGCUGGCCAAGGAGUUCAGGGACAAGGAACGCUUCAUCGCCGGCAACAAACUCUUCUCCUCGUGGCCCCCGAAGUACCGCAAACAGCUGGCCAUGGCUAUGUACAUGGAGACAUACUCGUAUGAGGCUACGCUGGUGCGACAGGGAGAUGACACAGAGAAUAUGUACUUCAUCCUCAGUGGUCAAGUGGAAGUCCAGAUUGACCCCUCGCAACAUCCACAGCAGUACAGAAAGUUGUUCCUGGCUGCCAGUCAGUCAGAAACUGCCAAAUUGUUAAAAAAGACGGACAAAGCAAGGCCCCCCACCGAACACCACAAUAGCAACAACAUAAAGAAGAGGGACAACUUCAAAAGCACGAAGCUCUGCUACCUGGGUAUCAACGAGAGUGUGGGUGACAUUGAGAUGCUGUUGGAUCUGAAGACGUACAUGAACACGGCAGUAUGCAAGGAGAGGACGGAGGUGCUGGUUCUGGAGAUGAAGCAUUACGAGAGGCUGUUCGUUAGGAGACAUCAGAGGACAAUAGAGUUAAUGAGAGACGAGCUCGCCGUCAAACUAGAAACACGCAUAUCUCUCCUUACUCAGAAAGACGAUAUUCCUCUACUCGGCUACCUAAUUAACAGGAUCCGCAGCCGCUAUAAACCCCCACCCCCUGUGGAAAAAGACAGACGCGAAAUGACUACAGUUUCUGCUGCUGAAAAAGAAUUUCUAAACCAUCGAGGCCCAUUAAUAGACAUGUUCGGGCCAGGAAGUGUGUUCUAUAUGAUACGGGUCCGGGAGAAGACAAAAGAGAAACUCAGAUUGAAGAGACAUCGGAAGGUGGAUCAGAUUCCACCAGCGCAUGUUCAUAGUGUUCAACUACCCCAGAGCAUGCUGUUGGCGGCUCAGAGCGCCCGGGAUCAGGAGGAUGGGCAUGGCCGAGAUGGACCAAGAAGUUUCAAGAGUAUUCAGAGUUCCCAUCAGCAGGGCCAGGACUCCACUGACGACUACGGCGGCGACAUGGACUACUAUGUUGACGAUGAUGCUGAGCCGCUGUCUAUGGGGGUGACAAUAGACCAGGACGAACACGACGCCGCUUUGACAAACUUAGAAGAGAGAAUCAGACUUUGGUUAAAGAGAGAAAACCCCAAAUCCAGGUCCAAAGUUGCUCAACUUAGAAGACUUGCGCUACAGGAUAUGGACAUACAGCCCCGCCCCGGGAAUCGUGUCGUCAUCCGUCGUCGUCAACCCACCAGCCUAUCUCCCCUUCUGGACGAGGAACCCACCCGAGAGACAGAGAAGGAAAAGAUAUCACACCUGAAGAUAUUACUGACCAACUCCUAGUCUUUCACUGCGUCAUCACUGUUCAAUUGUGACGCUAUAUUGACGUCAUAUUGUAUGCUGAUGUAAUUACUGGUGACAAUACAAUGACUUUCAAGAAGUCAAGCUCUUAUGCUAUUGUUCAUACCGUUGGGCAUACGCGAUGUAACAUGACGUACUUUCUGUGUUACUGUAAGAAUAGGGUAUUUUAUUUGAUAUAUCACAGCAAGGAUGUGACAUGUCUGUGAUAAUAAACACAU